AUGGCGCCAAAGAAGGUUUUGCAGGAUUGGUUUGCGUUUCCGCUGUACAUGACUUCGGCUGUCUGGCUUGUCAUGACGAAUGAGCACGAGUCCCAGCUAACCAAGCUGACUACGCUGCUGCAGCAUUUGACAAGUUUGGGCUUGACCCAUGCCUCCGAACCAACGCAGGCUCUGAUCGCAGCCUUUCUCUCUGCCUUCGACCCCAACGGCGCUUACGUGCGCGCCAAUGCGAAUAUGGGCCUGGCGUUGCUGGGCACGGUCAAAAACAAACUAAAGACCUUUGCAGAGCGGGCUCUGCGAGCUGGACAGUUGCCGCCUCACUUACCUGUGUUGCCAGCUGACGUGAACCAGCUGCCUGCAGCCCAUGCCAAGUUCUUUUCAGCAGGUUUCGUUGCUGUGCCGGAACAGGUGCCGCUGUCAGACAUCGUAGCAUGGGCCAGAGUGUGGCCGAUGAGGAAGACGAACUCUCUGGUGCAACCAGCAAAGCAAACUGGAAGCUCGGCCCAGUCAACGGAUGCAUUGGCAGUUCUGCAGCAAGCAGCUCAGCUCAUGUUGGUCUUGCAAGGUGGUGGAAACAAUCGUAGCCAAGCUCCGCAGGAGACCGCAGCAGCCGCUACCGCAGACAGUUCCGCCAGAUGUGGCCUUGCCGGCUGCGCCUGCGAUGGCGCUGGCCUUGCCGGCUUCAUCUGCGAUGCUGUGGGGCGCGGGUACGACCAGACUGAAACUGGGCCUGCUGCUGCCGUGUUGCCUGCGAGCACAAGCUAUCAGCAGCACCAGCAGCAGCAGCAGCAGCAGCCGCCGAGCAACUCAGCGGUUGCUGCUGCGCCAGCCGUGACGGAGACUCCAGUCCGUAAAAGUUCCUCGCGCUUGACUGGCAUGGUGGGGCGCCUGGCUGAGGCACAGUACGACAAGACCUUGAGCCCACUCAGUCCUUGGUCACACUUCCGAAAAGGCGCACGCUCUGAAGCGCGCCGCUUGCAAGAGCAGAGCGCAUGCUCGCCGGCUCCGAAAUUGGUGGCAGCUUCGGAGUCACGGAGCCCUGCGCUCAAGCGCCCGGCCGCAGCGGAGAAGAGCGUGGGGCAACUUUCGGAGGACUCGCCCAAGACUGCGAACAAGAAGGAGAACCAGAAGAUAGCUGUCUUCGUGCGUCCGGCGGCAGCGCCGGAAGGCUCGGGGCAACUUCGGGAGGACUCGCCCAAGACUCCGAAGAAGAAGCAGACUGCUGUCUUCAUGCGUCCGGCCGCAGUGUCGAGCAGCGAACCGGGAGUGCCCGACUCGCCCAAGACUCCGAAAAGGAACAAGACCGCCGUCUUCGCGCGUCCGGCCGCAGCACCGUGGAGCGGGAACCUCGGCGUGGAAGAGUCGCCGCAGACUCGCAUGAGCCCGGGCCGCGUGUUGAGACGUCCGGCAGCCAAGGUGAAGUCCGAGAGCGCGCGUCCGGCUGCUGCGCCUGUGGUGAGACGCCGCCCCUCGGCCGCUGCCGCUGCCAAAGCGCCCCGCGCCCUGAAGAACACCGCGAAGUGUAUUCGUUCCCGAGCUUAUCACAGAGCGCACCGCGCGGCCAUCAAAGCUGGCAAGAGCAAGAAGCAAGCGCGCGAGCUGGCCAGGCAGGCGCACCGCAAUGCGUUGUAG